CAGACAACAACUUUCACUUUAUUGUCAACAGAAAAUGUACCCAAACUGGCACAAAGACUAAAAAAUUAGUCAAUAUUUUAUUUCAUCCUAUCUGUCAUCUGAUGAUAUCUGAAAGCGAAAUUGUCAUUAGUAUCAAGGAGAAAUCAAGGAAUGUCACGGGGGGUUAUUUCCCUUCGAUUCAACCAAGAUCAUGGUUGUUUCACAUGUGCAACAGAAACUGGACUGAAGAUUUACAAUGUAGAACCACUAACACAAAAGCUUACACUAGGACAAGAUGUGGUGGGGAGCAUUGCUUGUGCAGAGAUGUUGUUUCGCUCCAACAUUGUAGCCAUGGUUGGAGGUGGAUCCUCGCCGAGAUAUGACGAGAAAGCUGCUUUGAUUUGGGAUGAUACAGCAAAGAAGGUUGUCAUGGAUGUUUCCUUCAACCAACCAGUCGUGUCAAUAAAACUCAAGUAUGACAGAUUGAUUGUUGUUCUAAGAAAUCAAAUCUAUGUGUUCAGUUUUCCAAAUAACCCUACCAUGUUGCACUCAUUUGACACAAGGGAUAACCCUAAAGGCCUGUGUGAUGUCUCUCCUUUUGGUCAAGUGAUGGCUUUCCCAGGUCAAAAAUGUGGCAGUGUUCAGAUUGCUGACCUUGAGACCACACAGCCCGGACAAUCCACAUCUCCUGUUACAGUCAGUGCCCACCAGGGGGAGAUAGCAUGCCUCACUCUGAAUCAGCAGGGGACACUACUGGCUACUGCCUCCAAAAAAGGAACCCUGAUCCGAGUGUUUGACACAUCAACAAAGAAGCUGGUGGUGGAACUCAGGAGAGGGGCUGACCCAGCCACGUUAUACUGUAUCUCCUUCAGUCAUGAUUCUUCCUUUCUGUGUGCCUCCAGUGAUAAAGGGACCAUUCAUAUCUUUGCUGUAAAAGAUACAAGUCUGAACAGGCGAUCAACGUUUAAAACCAUGGGAUUUCUAGGAACAUAUGUGGAAUCCCAGUGGGGCCUGGCCAGUUUUACAGUGGCUGCAGAGUGUGCAUGUAUUUGUGCCUUUGGCCCAGGGCAUUCUGUAAUAGCUGUAUGUGUAGAUGGGACUUUUCACAAGUAUGUGUUCACAACUGAUGGAAACUGCAACAGAGAAGCCUAUGACGUGUACUUAGACAUCGGAGAUGAUUUUGAAUGAACACAGGUUUUAAUGAAAGGGGGAAAAGGCAUACAUUUUUACAUGUACAUAUUUUAGAUGUUAAUCGUACACUCUUAUUUCAUUAUCUCAUGUCUUUCUUCAAUUAUGAUUAAAUUUUGUCUAGUCACUCAUUAAAUGAGGAUUGGUGAUGUUUCUUCUUCCUCCAACAUUUAUAUUGUGUACAUAUUGAGAACAUGAAGCAAACGAGUAAACUGUGUUGAUCUUUGUCAUUUCCAUUUAGAUCAUUUGUCAUAUAAAAAAUGCCAAGUAUAUUUAUUUUUAAUUGUAAAUAUUUUUUACUUCCAUACUAACUAGUAUGUUAAUGUAUAUUACAAUCAUUGAAAAAUAAAAUAUAGAAACCGCAUGCAAGAUUGUCAGAAAAGGGAAUUUGUGAAAGAGAUCUGAUUUAUUUAUAUGCAUUAUACAUGUAAAUAAACACACAACAAAUAUAAAAAUUUCGAGUUUUAUGUACAAAAGUUUUCAUUACUGUAACAACUGGUACAUUUUGCUUCAUUGUUAUUAAAUACAUGUAUUAUC